GGUACGUGAAUGUUGGUGCAUGGCUGGAGAUUAUAUCUUCAUAAAAGUCACAUGUGAAAUUCUUAAUCCGAUAACAUUCGCUACAUAUAAAAGCAUGCAUCCUUCUUCCUCUUCUGCAAGUAUUACACACGGAUAGACAGGUGUACGAUUGCGAUCUCAUCCUUUUCACUGUCCAUUGCUUAUCGUUCGUGGAGCGUGAGAUAGCACAUUGAACUGAGCACGCUACAGUCGGCGGUGUGCCCAUCCAACAGUUUACAUAUCCGUCCAUAUUGCUUUUUCCCGAGAUACUUCUUAUGCUCAACCUCAACAAACAACUCUUUAAAUUGUUAAGGACGACGCCGGCCUCAAACCUACCUAGCAAAAUGUCCGUAUCUCAGCUUGUGGAUUCAAAAACACAUUUGGUACCAGGAAAACUGAAAGUUUCGGAACUUUUUUUCGAGGUUCCCUUAGACUAUUCUAAUGAAUCAAAAGGCUCGAUUCGAAUAUUUGCACGCAGUGUAAUCAAACAUGAGAAUCCAGCCAUAAAGCCCACGGAAGAAGAAACCCGCAAGUCUUCCCAAAAGCCCUGGUUUGUUUACCUCCAAGGUGGACCGGGUUUUGGAUGCAGACCACCUCAGGAUUCUCCAAUUACCAAUGUAGUUCUUGACAAAGGCUAUCAAAUGUUAUAUAUUGAUCAGCGUGGAACCGGGUUGAGUAAUCCUAUUUCAGCUGGUACUUUGGCUUUGCAGGGGGAUGCUCAACGUCAAGCCGAUUAUCUUAAGCAUUUCAGAGCUGAUAAUAUUGUGAGGGAUUGUGAGGCUAUAAGAAAGAUACUCACUGCCGAUUAUCCCGAAGAACUUAAGAAAUGGUCCGUGUUCGGCCAAUCAUUUGGCGGUUUCUGCAUCCUCACAUAUCUCUCAUUUCACCACCAAGGUCUACGUGAAGUUUUCACCAGCGGUGGUCUUGCCCCAGUUGGCCACUCAGCCGAUCGAGUUUAUCGUGCUACCUUCCAAAAAGUAAUUGAGAGGAACCGAGCCUACUAUCAAAAGUUUCCCGAAGAUGUUGCUGUUGUUCAAGGUCUGGCUAUCCACAUUAGCGCCAAGAAUGGACUACAAAUGCCAUCUGGUGGUACAUUAACCGUGAGAAUGUUCUUAACUAUGGGUAUUCAGUUCGGGUUCCAUGGAGGUUUGGAUUUGGUCCAUGACAUUGUGUUGAGGAUGAGUUCGGAUUUGGAUCAGUAUUCAUUCAUUACUAAACCUACUCUUAAGGCUAUCGAGGAUGUAGUCAGUAUGGAUAACAAUGUGAUUUACGCCAUCUUGCACGAAUCUAUCUAUUGCCAAGGCAAAGCCUCAGACUGGGCCGCCGACCGAGUAGGAAAAUCCCUCUCCGAAUUCAAAUGGCUCACCGGUCGACCCCGUUCCCCCUCCUCCCUAAUCAGCGAACCGCUCUUCUUCUCCGGUGAAAUGAUAUAUCCCUUCAUGUUCGAAACCUCCCCCGAACUAUCCGCCAUCUACCCCGCCGCCAAGAUCCUAGCCGAAUACACGGAAUGGCCUCCCCUAUACGACGAAUGGCAAUUGGCACGAAAUGAAGUCCCCAUGUAUUCAGCUACGUAUAUGGAUGAUAUGUAUGUGGAUUUCGGGUUGGCGCAGGAAACUGUUAGAUUGGUGAGGGGUUGUAAACAGUGGGUUACUAAUAGCAUGUAUCAUGAUGCUGUAAGGAGCAAGACGGGAGAGAUGAUGGGGGAACUCUUUGCGCUGAGAGAUGAUGUGAUUGAUUAGUGAAAGACAGAGGGGUAUUUUAGGGAAGACGGAAAGGAGAAAUUAGAAAAUAUGAAGCGAGUUUUUGAAAUCCAAUGAUGCGAGGAUAGCACAGCAUAGAAGUAUUUGAACCCUAUCCAUCCAUCCAUCCAUCCAUCCAUCUAUCCAUCAGCAUUAAACCCCCACAUUCAGCACACUACCUGCCUACACUACCUACCUACCUACCAUAAAAUAACUCCA